GCUGAGCGCUCCGGCUGCCGGUCGGUCUGUCCGUCCUUCCGUCCGCCUCCCGGUCAGUCACCCCGCACGCCGAGAUCCCCUUCCCGCAGCCCAUGAUGUGCCUGGAAAGCGACGGCUCCUCCGGCAGCAGCCCGGGCUGCGGCGGGCGGCUGCGAGCCGGCGACGAGGAGGAGGAGGAGGACGGCGAGCGGGGCUGCUGCGGCCGGGGCGCCGAGGGCGAGGUGCAGACCCUGUCGGGCAGGAUGAACCCGCCGGCGGGCGGCAAGCACCCCGACCGCCCCGCCGCCCUCCGCAAGGCGCCGAGCCUCGGCCGGGCCCGGGUGGCGGCCGCCGGCAUCCUCAGCGUGGGCAACGUGCUCAACUACCUGGACCGGUACACGGUGGCAGGUGUGUUAUUGGACAUCCAGCAGCACUUUGGAGUCAAAGACAGCGGGGCUGGUUUGUUACAGACAGUUUUCAUCUGCAGUUUCAUGGUGGCGGCGCCGAUCUUUGGUUACCUUGGUGACCGUUUCAACAGGAAGAUCAUCCUCAGCUGUGGGAUCUUCUUUUGGUCAGCUGUCACUUUUUCGAGCUCCUUCAUCACUGAACAGUAUUUCUGGCUCCUGGUGCUCUCCCGGGGGUUGGUUGGCAUCGGAGAGGCGAGUUACUCCACCAUUGCCCCGACCAUCAUCGGAGACCUGUUCACCAAAAACACGAGGACCCUCAUGCUCUCUGUCUUCUACUUUGCAAUUCCUCUGGGCAGUGGCUUGGGAUACAUCACUGGGUCCAGUGUGAAGCAGGUUGCUGGAGACUGGCACUGGGCCUUGAGGGUAUCUCCACUCCUGGGAAUGAUAACAGGGACACUCAUCUUGAUAUUUGUUCCUGCUGCUAAAAGAGGAAAUGCUGAACAACUCGGGGGGCAGCUGAAGGCUCGGACCUCGUGGCUGAGAGACAUGAAAGCACUGAUUAGAAACCGCAGCUACGUGUUCUCAUCCCUGGCCACCUCGGCCGUCUCCUUUGCCACGGGGGCACUUGGCAUGUGGAUCCCUCUGUACCUGCACAGGGCACAGGUGGUGCAGAAGACAGCAGAGACCUGCAGCUCCCAGCCCUGCGGCACCAAAGAUAGCUUGAUCUUCGGGGCCAUCACGUGCUUCACUGGCUUCCUGGGUGUCAUCACGGGGGCGGGAGCGACCAAGUGGUGCCGGCUGAAGACGCAGCGGGCGGAUCCGCUGGUGUGUGCCGUGGGCAUGCUGGGCUCUGCCAUCUUCAUCUGCCUCAUCUUCGUGGCUGCCAAGAGCAGCAUCGUGGGAGCCUAUAUUUGCAUUUUUAUCGGAGAAACUCUUCUGUUUUCAAACUGGGCUAUCACAGCAGACAUUCUGAUGUACGUGGUGAUCCCGACACGCCGGGCGACCGCAGUGGCCUUGCAGAGUUUCACUUCACACCUCCUGGGAGAUGCUGGCAGUCCUUAUCUCAUUGGAUUUAUCUCAGACCUGAUACGACAAAGCACAAAGGAGUCCCCGGUGUGGGAGUUCCUCAGCCUGGGUUACGCCCUCAUGCUCUGCCCCUUCGUCGUCGUCCUGGGAGGGAUGUUCUUCCUGGCCACAGCCCUGUUCUUCCUCAGUGACCGAGCCAAAGCUGAACAACAGGUGAACCAACUUGUGAUGCCACCAGCCUCUGUGAAAGUCUGAGACGGUGCCACCGAAGGAAAGGACACGUGGACUCUGCUCCCACCACACCAAUCUCAAGCUCGAAGCCCUUCCAUGCUGGAUACCAGUGGAUCCUCCAGCUCCACACCACCCUGAGGGGUUCUCCAGCACCAAAUCCAUCCCCCCACUCCAGCCUGCGGGGUCAGGCACCAGGAGAUGGAGCAGGGCAGUGGGAACACGGGACCUGCUGCAGCACAAGGACAUCUGUUCCUUUGAGCAUCAGCAACUGGCCCCUGGACCCAAAAUGUGCUGCCCAAGUGAGUGACUGUAGAUUGUGUACAUGGUUCUAGUUGUAGCCAAUGAAGUCCACAUGGUUUGUAGGACUGGUGUCCUAUGGAAUGCUGCUGCUCUGCCAGCACUCCCACACCCACCAACUGCACUAGCUGGGGACCUGUUCUGUACAUCACCUUUGCUUUGACACUGAAGGCUCAACUCAGAUUAUUAUUUUUUAUUUAAAUAUGUCAUAAGAUGCUUUAUCUCUGCUGAAGACAUUAGAUGAGAUAUAUAUAUAUAUAUAUAUUUAGAUAGACAGUUUUUAUUUAAACGUUUAAAACCUGGAGCUGCCUGUGCAACCACAGCAGACAUGAGUAACGUCCACAGCUCUCCUUGGCUCAGUGCCCUGCAAGAGUUCCAGUGGGUGACCUCCCUGUCACCUGAGGCUGAGCAACGGGCAGAGGAGAGAGAGUCUCACUGCACUGGGAAUGCUGGUGGUUGUCACAGAAAGGCCCAGUACGUUGGACAGAAAUCCCUACGGGCUCUGGAGUUUUCAAAUUCAGCCUCGCCUGGGAGGUUCACAGGCUUUUAAAAUACCAAAAUCCACCUGGCUGAAUCGCUGAACCUUGGGCCUGGGAGUGCAAUACUGCUGUGCCAGUGACCUCGUGCUUUGUUUACAUGAUGCCAUAUCACACGGACUGUCGAUGCUAAUUCUCCCUGUCAGUGUUCCAAAGCAGUGGCUGAUACUCUGUUUCCUGGGAGCAGCGUUUGGGCUCCUGCACACCCAACCCUGCCCAGUCCAAGUGCUCUCCCUGGGGUGUCACCUGUACCUUCAGAAAGGUGCAUUUGAGACCUUUCAGACAAGGCCAGUGUCUGAAGUGGGCGAGUCUCAACUGCAGGGACGUGUCAUGGGGCCACUUCACUGGGGUUUUGUUUCCUUGUUCCCUGCACUUGGCCUCCAGGAGCCAAAGUGAUGCAGUGCCAGGUGGGUGCUGCAGCAGCGUGGGGGAGGAAGGAGAGCACAGAGAGCACAGGCCCUGCCCAGCCAGGCUGCCUCACAUGGGGCUCCAUGAGCUCCCCACCCCUGUCCCUGCUCACCCCUGUCCCGCAGGUCAGAUCCCCCUCAGCUCACACCUCGAGCAGGGGAAGGCCCCUCCUGUGCUUGUGGCUCACCAGGGGCUGCAGUUGGGCUCCAAGCAGGACUAAAUCAGCUCAGGAAAUGCCAGACUGGGACUGGAUGCGGGGUAAGACUGGAAGCUGCUGUUCUGGCUGUGCCGCAAAGUUGCCCAGAGACACAGGAAGGUCCUGUUGGUAAAUCUGGGUGUACCUCCCAUUCCCUUCCAGGAUGUGCUGGGACCUACAGCAGAGCCUUGCAGUGGGGAUGGGAUGGUUGUGAUUCCAGGUGCUCACCCCACAGCCAGUCCCUGCCCAGGCAGGUUCCAGAGGUGGCUCCUGUCACCUCGUGAGCCUUUCCCCCUCCUCAGACCCCACAGGACUCCUCUGCAAAGGCUCUGUCACCUAAAAUACCUUAACAACAGCUCUAAGAUCUAGCUAAAGAACCAGAGCCAGAACUGUUCCUCGAGUGCCUGGGCAUCCUCUGGAGAGCGGCAAGUGGGUGCUAGAAAUAACAAAGCAAAGCAAAUCCCAAACAAUGCUUCACUUCCCACCUCGUGCCACUGUUUACAUUGGUAGGGGAAACACGGCCUCUGCAGUGUGGGAGCCAAACUCUUGGCUUUAAAGGCACAUGAAUUUCUGAUUCCUGUUAAGAAAUUCCUUGUUAAGCUGUUUAAAAAGAAACAAAAAGCAACCUAACAAUCAGUCAUUUCAUCUCAGAGACCAAAGAAGAUUAACCACAUUUCCGAAAUUGCUUUUCCAAUAGGCUCCCUCUGUUGUAGCAUUUACUGUCAACAAAAUGAAACAUUCCUGUUAAGGUUCAGAGAUUAGGAAUUCUCCUUAAACUUAAUUCUCUGGAGUCAGCCAUGACAAGGGAACUGAAGUGGUUUGUAGUGUCCUUGUGCCAGGCCCUGGUCCCUGUCAGAGCUCGGUGCUGUCAGGGGCUGGUUUUAUCUUCUGAAGGAAAUGCUGUGGGCUCUGUUGAAUGAGAGGGAAGGGAGCAAGCAAGGGAGUGAGAAAUGAGUCUUACCUGCACCAAGGGAUCCCUGAAUCCCUGCUCCCACAUGUUCCAGGCUAGGAGAGGGAGGCUCGGGCUCCUCCCAGUUCCCCACGGUCUGUGGGACCCACAGUGUCAGGUCCUUGCUGUGUUCACUCACCAGGGUCUGUGCAGUGCCCAGAGGGCACCAGGGAGGCUCCAGGCUGCCCUCAGUGAACCACGAGGGUUUUCUUCUCCCCCACUUUGUAAAGGGGAUUUUCUAAAGCAUUAACUGCCCCCUCCCAGCUGAUCCUGCACUGGCACCACUGCCCAAGCAAUGGUUUGUACACAGGGAGGGGAACUGAGGCAGCAGGAACUGCCCAGAGAGGCAAGAAAAUAACCCAAAAGGCAGCAAAGUGCCAACCCAAGUGGCUCCAGCUGCCAUGGCUCCCAGGGCAGGUCUGGGUGGCCCCAGGAGCCUCUCCCCUUUCAGACUGGCCAAGGGAGACCCUCAGGGUGAGACUAAACCCCCCAAAUGACUGGCUGUGCUCUGGGAAGCAGAGUUCUCUCAGCACCCUCCGUCCCAGCUGCUUGUUUUCUUCCCCAUUUGCUUUAUUGUUUGGUAAACCAGCACUUACAAUCACUUUUACUAUGUGAUGUAUGGGAGUAUUAGUAUAUUUUUCUUGUUAUACAAGGGAGGAGUAUAAAAUAGUUUUCUGAUUUCUUUCAGAAGCAAAUGACUAUUUUAUUUUUUAAGAGCAAUUGAUUGUGAAUCUCAGAGUAUAAAAAAAAAAAGAUAAAUAAGCCAAAUAUAUACCUUUAUGUAAAUUAAGAAAUAAAAGUAUUUAAAAUGUACCUCCUGGCUCCUUUUCUUGUGUCACCUCUUGGCUGUGGUUGCUGGGUUGAUCCCUGGGACAAGGCUGCACCACACAGCACCCCCUCUCCA